UCGCUGUACUAUGUGCAGAUAUACACGGACUGGGCGAACCACUACCUGGAGCGUAGUCGCUACAAGCGCUACAUCCAGGACCUGCAGAGCGACAUCACCGAUGGAGUGCUGCUCGCCGACGUCAUCGAUGCAGUUGCCGGUGUGAAGGUGCCAGACAUAAACAGAAAGCCCAAGACGAACGACCAAAUGGUGAACAACAUCAGCGCUUGCCUCACUCAUCUGAGGUCCAUCGGCGUUACUUUCGACGGCGUCAGUUCGAAAGAGAUCAGGGAAGGCAACCUGAAGGCUAUCCUGGGCCUCUUCUUCAGCCUGUCCCGCUACAAGCAGGCGCAGAAGGCUGUGGCAGCAGCAGCAGCCGCCUCAGCGGGGACUGCGACCAAAGCCGCGUCGCGUGAGCAUCUCCAGAGCUCCCAUGGCAGCCUCGCAUCGCCCACUGCACCCAGCGCAAAGUCACCGCCCGACCUGAUGGCUGCCUCCAUGCACGUCCCCAACAACUGCUCGAGGCUUCCCUCGCUUCACGGCACGAAAGCUCGCGUGAAGGACGCCAGCGCCAUUCCGGCGCCCGCCCCUGCGGUGCAGUGCGCGGGGACGCUUCACCGCAGAACGCCCCCGGCGACCACCGAUUGCAACAACCGGCUGCUGCACGCCACGGGAAACAACUCCGCUAGUGCCGCCGUCGCUUCGUCCAAGAACAACCACCAUCCGUCCACUUCCCCCGGUGCUUACUCGUCGGCUCAGCCCGCGGGCAUCGUCGCUACCAACGGCCUCAACAACAUCACCGGUGAGUGA